AUGUCUGGUUCUGAUAGUGUCAAUUUGAUGGGUUCAAUUUCUCUGUGCACAGGUGCAGUGGCUGCAAAGGCAAGGGAGAACCAUCUGAAAACUCUUUGUGCAUUGAAGAAUGGCCAAGGAAUCGCAAAAGACGUUGUUUAUUCUCAAAAGGUGGGUAAUGAAAUUGAGAUCAUAAACCCCUUGGAUCCUGCUUGUAGUCUCAGCACUAGUGACAUAGCCAAAAGCAAAAUCAUUGAGGGAGAAUGCUGCGAAGAUGAUGAAAGUGAUGAAGAUUAUAUUAGCAUUCUGAGACCUGCCUUCUUGGUUGAUGGGGAACCUGAUUUUGAUUCUGGGCCUCCAGAAGAUGGAUUAGAGUAUCUCAGGCGUGUAAGGUAG